AUGGAUUAUUAUCAAGAAGACACGAGCCCUGGUGGGGGCCGUCCGGCUUUAACUCGCCAGGUUGCAGCUCCCGCUGAGGAAACUAAAGGUGCCUCGCCUCACCAUCUGCCAGUUGAAAAGGAAAACAGCACCACGCCAUUCGGCAAUACAAAUCCGAGCAGUUUGGGCUAUCCGGGAGCUAUCCGGGACUCCUGGGUCAACUCGUCACGUGCGACCGCCCAAGUGUCAUCGGCGACGCCUCAUUUCGCACAUUCAGCAGUCACCAGGCUACAUCUACAGCAAGCUGCCGCCCUGAACGGACCUCCAGCGUACCGUGGCGCUACCGCAGCAGCUCUGCCAGCAGCGCAAGCAGGUGUGGCGGAGGAUGGUAUAUGGUGGCCUCAACAGGCAAGCCGCGGCGACUCAGCCAUCGGCGGACCCCAACACGCACUACUAACACCGGCGCCAGCGGCGGGAGACAACCCCCCCGCCGCCCCGUGCUCAGCAGCAGCAGCCGCGGCAGGAAAUCCCGGCAAUGCGCAACCAGCAACACCGCCACCACCGCCUCUACCCACCCUGCCAUCACCACCACGGAUGCUUCUCAAGGCGGAAGGAGGCUUGGAGGUGGGAAACAUAACCGCCGCAGAGCCAACAUAUUCCGGCCACGUCGACGGCAAGCUUGCGCCGCCAUCGCCACUGCCGCUGGCGGCACCAUCAGCGCCAACGCUGGCUUGCGCCUUUCCCCGACGGGCACCUUCCCAUAUGGAGCGCCCCAUUUGCACGAGUCUGCCCUCAUCAGGGCGGCCGCCAUCAGCAGGCGGGGGGCCGCAUACGUCGGCGGCAAUGGCGGUGAUGGAAUGCGGAAUGCGCUGGAAUGUUGAGCUGACAGGUCCUUUUGUGCAGGGGCUGCGGCAUCUGUCGCAUCCGGCGUACGACAGCACCGUAAACAUCAAUGACGCGAAUCAUACUCAGGCCGAGGCUGCUGCGGUGCCAGCGGUGGCGGUGGCGCAAACAAAGGUCCCGUGGAUGGCUGGCAGUGUUCCGAUGCAGGCGCUGAUGCAGGCGCCGGCUUUCCAUGCCGCAACAGUUCCCGACGGCUCCUGUUUGGAGGAAGGUAUGUCGCGGAUUAACACAGCGCCUGUACAGCAAGAAAUUGCGGCGCCGAAAUUGCCGCCAGCACUGGCGCCAGAUGCUUCGGGCACUGCUCCGCUAGCAAGAUCCCAGGGGAUGCUGAGACACGCACCCAUAACGAGGGGUGUCAGCGCACCUACCGUGUUUGCAACAACAACGGCUGAUAUUGCUGCCGCAUCAGCAGGCUACAGCGACGACGGCGGCGAUGGUGCUGGUGGCGAUGGCAAUGAACGCUCUCGCGCUCCGGAAACGGUGGCGUCAGGAGACGAUCCCCCCGGCGGUGGCGGAGGCGGCACCCGCACCGCCGCCAGCUUCGGCAAAGACAGCGUCAUGGCAGGGACCUGUGACGGCGUCCUACGGAGGUUCUUCGAAUAUUGCGUGAUGUACAUCCCUAGCAUGAGUACACGCACUCGCUGCAAGCUGCUGCUCUGCGUGCAAAAAAUGUCUACAUUUAUUCGUCAAGUAGGCCGGUUAGCUGGAAUUUGA